UCCACCAGCAGCUCCAGGGCAUGGGAAGCAGUCAGCAAAGGGAGGGGAGGUGGAAGCUCCAGAGGGUUGGUUCCCAGGGACAGAAGGUGCUGGAUUCCCAGCUCUGCUCUGCAGGCCACCCAGCACCCUGCUCCCCAGGACAGGUUGGAAAUGCUGCAUGAGCUGAGUUCAGCCAAGAGCUGAGGAGGAGGCUGGGGGAGUGGAGAGCAGCACCCAAAACCUCUCCUGGUGUCAGCCUGGAAUCCUGCCUCCCUUCUUGUGGAUUUUCUGCAGACCAAGAUGGAGAGAGAAGAGAUGGAGAUCUUGGCCAAUGAAGUAGAGGAGAUAAAUGGAACAGGUAAUGUCACCCUGGACCCAGACACUGCCAACCCCUUCCUGAUCCUGGCUGGUGACCAGAGAGGGGUACGACGGGGGGAGGAGUGGAUGUCACUGCCCAACAACCCCCAGCGCUUCGAUGUGGAGCCGUGUGUGCUGGGACUCCAGGCAUUCACUGCAGGGAGACACUGCUGGGAGGUGGAGGUGGAAGAGGCAGGGGACUGGUGGGCUCUGGGGGUGGCCCAGGAGUCUGUCAGAAGGAAGGGGAGCCUUAGUUUUACCCCCCAGGAGGGAAUUUGGGCUGUGGGGCAGUGGUUUGGACAAUAUUAUGCUUUCACCGAUCCCGACUGGACACCCCUGUACCCCGCGUGCCUCCCCAGGGUUAUCCAGAUCCACCUGGACUUCACAGAGAAGAAAGUGGUGUUUGCUGAUGCUGAAAGCAAAGCUCAGAUCUUUGGGUUCUGCCUGGCUCCCUGUCCCAGCCAGGCCCUGCACCCCUGGCUCUGGGUGGGGAUGGGCUCCUGGCUCAGGCUGUGCCCGUGACAUGGAGGGAGCAGGGGUGGCACAGGGGGGCUGGAGAGGUGAAAACCAUCAGCUUGGGGUUUGGUGCUGGGAACUGGGAGGGUUUGUGCAUCCUGCUGGCUUGAUCCUCACCUGGUUCCUCUGGCCAGCAGGUGAGAGGACUGGCAGGGCAUGGAGAUGGAUGGCACCAAAGAGCCUUCUGCAUCCCCUCCCACCCAGAGCUGGGACUGCAGAGGGCACCGAGCUUUGGGGCAUGGAGGGGCUUAGUGCCAGGGUGUCCCAGGGCAGAGACGUGGUAUAGAGUGUCAGGGCUGAGCUGCUCUGUACAAAGCCAUGAAAAUACCUCAGGCUCAAACUCUUUAAAUGGUGCUGGAGCUUUUUUCAGUUAAGCUUAACUAUUAUGUUUGGAAAAAAAACCCAAACACAGCUGGAUGCUGGAGCUCAAGAUAAUAUUUAUCUCCUCCACACAUCCAAUGCCUCUUCUUGAGUUAUUUCCAGCUCUUGCUGAUGUGAGAUGUGCAUUGAGCACGUUUCUUACUGCAGAGCCAUGGACAGGGAGCCAGAAACUGAGAGGUGUCUGGAGGCCCCAGGUGAGCCAAACCCCACAGAUCUGUUCCCAUCAAGAUCUCCUUGUCCUCACACAGACCAGACCAGUUCAGGUGGCAGGAACCUACAAAGACCACGGAGUGCAGCUGCCUGAGCACUUCAGGGCUGCCCAAAAGUUAAAGCUUGUUAUUAAAGGCAUUGCCCAAAUGUCUCUUAGCCCCUGACAGGCUGGGGGCACUGAGGACCUCUCAAGGAAAGCUGUGCCAGUGUCUGAGCACCCUCUCAGUACAGCAAUGCUGUUGGAGCUCCUCAUCACCCCAGGGAAAAGGGGCUGAUGGUGCCUGGGUCCCUUCCUUGGAUGAGAGCACGGGCUCCAGCUCAGCCCAGUAUCUCCCAGCACAGCCCAGCAUCUCCCAGCACAGCCCAGCAUCUCCCAGCACCCUGCAGCCAAGGGCUGGGCAGGCAGCAGGGCAGACCCUGGUCCCAGGAUCCUCUGGAAUUGCUGCAGGCAGCCUCACCCCCACCCUCUGAAGAGGUCAGAAAGAUGCUCGUGGCCCAAACAUCACCUCCUUUGGCCACACCUGGGCCCACAGCACCCUGGGACCCAGCACACAGAGCUUGCCUGGGCUCCUCUGGCCUCCCAUCUCCUCCAGUAAAAAUACAACAGCCCAAAGUUUCUCUCACUUUUAUUUACAUGAUUGCACAGCCCGUUUCCCCAGGACACUGGAACGUGGUGGGUCAGACCCUGAUUUCCCACAUCCACCAACUGAACAUCUCCUCUGGGGAGGAGAAGACUCAAAGGGUCCCUUUUGGGGCACAUGCAACAACUCCAAUUAUUGGCAACUCUGGUCAAGACAACGAAGAUGAGAGUGAGGCCACGGCCACACAGCAGCACAGGGCCAGGUCCCAGCUGCCCCCAGGCAGGGCCUUUUGGCUUUCACAGUUGCAUAAUUGGAUCAAGAGUGGAUUUAAAACCCGAGCACUGGUUCCACCAGGUCCUUCUCAGGGGAGGGCACAUCCUUUGCAACCUGCCAGAACUGGAUGUGUCACACGACCAAGGUUCUGGGAAGCAGCUGAGGCUGAGAAGGUUCAACUAAACUCCCAAAUUUUCCUUCACUGGUGACAGGGGGUUUGCUGGGGAGGGGCUGAGGGCUGGGGGACCCAGGACAAGGCACAGAGCAGUGGCACAGCUCUGCCUGCCAAGGGCUGGGGGUGUGGAAGGAGCUUCAUGGCUGGCGUGGAGCAGGACAUGCAGGGACCACAACUCCAGCUGGGCUGAAGAGUCCCCUCUGCACCACAACCCCCCAGGAGCACCAGGGGCUAAGUCUCCCCUGCAAGAGAGGGAAAAGGGAAUGAGGCCGUGGAUCCAUGGCAGAAGGGAAGAGACAAGCAGGGGGGCUGGCAGAGAGGUGAGCUGAGCAGAUUCACCUCCUGAUCAAAGGAGAUCCCCAUGCUCAAACCCAGCUCAGCCCAGCCCACAGGAGCCCACAGCUGGGCAGAGGCAGCUCCAGAUGUGCUGGAAAGUCACUGAGGAGCACAAGAACCCUGGGACAGGAGAUGAAGGACUUGGCUUCAGGCAUUGCUGCUCACCCCACCAGCAACUUCCAGCCUACAGCCAGGACCAGGGGACACACAAGGAAGAAGCAUCCUGGGAUGCAGCGAGGGAGAGGGACAUGCACAUGGUGCUUUGAAUGCAAGAAAUUUCAGCUCUCAACCUACAUGGGACUGAUCCACUCGGAUACAACAAAGGAGCAGAGAGACCACGACUCACUGGAAGGACACAGGGACCUUGGAGCCUCCUUCACCACUGUGGGACUGAGAGCCAAGGCUCAUGCCAAGCAGCUGCACACACAUCCCUGGAGCACCUGGCAGGGCUGCAGGGAGAAAAGGACUAAAUUCAGAGCCAGCGUCAGACUGGGCACUCCAAGAGAGGAUUUUGUUAGCUGGAUGUGCUGAAGGAUGCAGGAGCAACACCAGCCCCCCAGGAGAAGGGAUGCAGAGCCAAUUUGGGGGGGGUUUCACUAGAAGACAGGGAGCAGGCAGGCAGCACUCUCGGGGUGAACCAAAUCCCAGCAGCUCCUCCAGCUCCUGCUGGGGAAUGUGCAAAUAAGGCGCAGAGACAGCCCAGACCUCCUGCAUCUUGCCAAGAGGCUGCAGAGCACAGCCUGUCCCAGGAGGGAUGUGUGUGACCAACAGAGAGGUCCA